AAUACCAACAUAGUUUUUUCUGUUUGUUACAGAGAAACUUACAUGUGUUGGAGACCAGACCAGAAGCAACUCUGAAUUAAGAUUGUUGGUUCUGAGGGGUGUCUAGAACAGAGACCUGAAGAUGAGUGAGCUUGACCAGCUGCGGCAGGAGGCCGAGCAACUGAAGAACCAGAUUAGAGAUGCUCGAAAAGCCUGUGCAGAUGCAACUCUCUCCCAGAUCACAAACAACAUUGACCCAGUGGGAAGAAUCCAGAUGCGUACCCGAAGGACACUGCGCGGACACCUGGCUAAGAUCUAUGCCAUGCAUUGGGGCACAGACUCCAGACUUCUUGUCAGCGCCUCCCAGGAUGGAAAACUCAUCAUUUGGGACAGUUACACCACAAACAAGGUCCACGCCAUCCCUCUGCGCUCCUCCUGGGUCAUGACCUGUGCGUAUGCCCCUUCUGGGAACUAUGUGGCCUGUGGGGGCCUGGACAACAUUUGCUCCAUUUACAAUCUGAAAACUCGUGAAGGGAAUGUGCGUGUGAGUCGUGAGCUGGCAGGACAUACAGGGUACUUGUCCUGCUGCCGAUUCCUGGAUGACAAUCAGAUCGUCACCAGUUCCGGAGACACCACAUGCGCCCUGUGGGACAUCGAGACCGGCCAGCAGACAACCACGUUUACUGGACAUACUGGAGACGUCAUGAGCCUGUCUCUCGCUCCUGACACCAGACUGUUUGUCUCUGGUGCUUGUGACGCUUCCGCCAAACUCUGGGACGUCCGAGAAGGAAUGUGCCGACAGACGUUCACAGGCCACGAGUCUGACAUCAAUGCCAUCUGUUUCUUUCCAAAUGGCAAUGCGUUUGCCACUGGCUCAGACGACGCCACGUGCAGGCUGUUUGACCUCCGCGCAGACCAGGAGCUCAUGACCUACUCCCACGACAAUAUCAUCUGCGGCAUCACCUCUGUCUCCUUCUCCAAGAGUGGGCGCCUCCUCCUCGCCGGGUACGACGACUUCAACUGCAACGUCUGGGACGCCCUCAAAGCCGACAGGGCAGGGGUCUUGGCUGGUCACGACAACCGUGUCAGCUGCCUGGGGGUGACCGACGACGGCAUGGCUGUGGCGACAGGGUCUUGGGACAGCUUCCUCAAGAUCUGGAACUGAUGCUAGUAGCAGCAGGUGAACGCCACGGUGACUGGAAGACCGUUCCCCCCUCAAAGGGAGACAGCGAUAGCAUAUCCUAUCCGACCACCCUAACGCAGCACCCACACCUCCCCUCAGAACCUCAAAGGGCAAGAUCUCUUCUCCUUCACUUACUGCUGAAACCAAGAGCACAACUCCCACCAAGAGAAGGAUCUCCGUGCUGUCAACUAAAACAAAUUGUGCAUUCCUUCCGGGGCCAUUGUCUUUGUUUUCUUUUUUGUCUUGGAUGAGUUUUUAAAAGGAAAUACUACAAUAAAAAUGUUAACCAGAAGGUAAACCGGAGUGUAAUUGUGAGACAGACACGCCUUUUCAAUAGUUCAUUUGGACUUUAGACCAGUGAUCCUGUUUUGUGGCUUUGUUUAUCCUGUAACUGUUUUUAAGUAUCAAGCUGUGUUUGUAGCGGGAUUUUGAAAGCAUUCACAUUUCCUUUUUACCUAUUUUCCUUUAUGUUCAUGGGUAAACAGACCAGAGCCUGGGCUGGGUCUCUGACAUUGUCGAUGAUGUGAUGUAGUCCCGGGCUUCUCCCUUCUGUCUCCCAUCAUAGAUGACGGUUGCACACACACACAGCGUAGUGGAAGAGACAGCUCAGAAGCAGAUCAACCAAGCACUUGCUGUGGUGGUCAGCGGUGCUUGGUCAGAGUCCUUCCCCUUCGCUGACCUGUUCCCCCACUGUCCAAUGCGACUUCUGCUCUCACCUUGGGUUUCCUAUGAAAUUGGAGGGAAGUUUGCAAUCCCCUAACACUACCCCACCCCUGCUGUCAGGAGCCCAGCAGAGAGGUGCCUGUCCUGUUCUUGGAUAGUCAGUCGGUUCUUUGUGUAUGAAACCAUGUACAAAUCAAUGUUUUGAAAAUAAUGAUCUCAGACUUUCUAAGUUAAAUUUUAAAAAAUUGAUUGUUUGCCAUAUUGGGUGGGUUUACUCUUAGAAUCGCAUGCUGUAGAAAUGCUCAAAAGUGCACAUAGGACUCGGUCCUUAGAUGUUCUUUUUCUUUUAAGAAAUAACCUCUCCAGUUGUAACCGUGGUGGCUCUGUCCUCUUGCUCGCUGCUGCUGCCCUGCACACGCCGAAAGCAGCGAGCGCUACCCGCUAGCCAGAGGGAUAAGUCACUGUUUUCUUUACUUUUACAAAAACAGACAGUCCUGUUGUGAAUGAUUGCUGUUGGAGUCUGAGAGAGAAGAGGAGGUGGGGAGCCUCUUCCCCACCGCUGCUUCCUUGAAGCCCUGCCUCUGCGGGCCUUUUGCGUCUGAGGCAGACCAUUUUUACACCAUGCAGAUCUUCCUGGUCUUCAUUGGAGCCAGGGUUCCGCAGCAGCGUUGCACAGCAGUGUUCUGUGGACCCUCCCCUCCCCACUCCCCCUCCCUGCACCCCUCAGAGCAGCAGUAGUGGCUUCACCAUCCUGUUUUCUGCGACAUCUGUAAAAACUGUGCUGUGACCAUGCGGUAGGCCUGGACCUGGCAAAGAAUACAGCGAAGCCCUCCUCUCCCUUCCACCAUCACUGUAGCCCUGCGCCCUCACCCCUCCCACCUUUCGUAUUUAAUUUCAAAGUCAGUGUACUGCAAGGAGGCUGGAUGCAAGAUAGAUACUAUAUUAAACUGUACUGUUAUUUAAGAUGUAAUAAAGCAGUUUGACAUGAGGGA